AUGAGGAAAUCGGUUAUAAUGAAGCUCUACAUAUUUUUGUCCUGUAUCGUGCUCAUACACGGAGCAGCAAUAAGCGACGAAGAGUGCGAUGGAGUUACAAUCGACGGCAUUUAUUACGAUAAGGAGGUUUUGAAGACAGAUCUAGAUCAUCCAUAUUCUUUAGUCGUGGACUUCGACUCUAACGUUCUUUAUUUCAGCCACAACCUUCACGAAACCGAUAACAUCUACAAUACUGCCAAGAUCAAUCUUCAUACAAAAGAUUUCGCAGAACUGGACGGAGUGAAGAACGGCUUCGCGCAGACGGUAGAUCAGAUAAAUCACGUACUUUACAUCGGCAGCUCAAAAGGCAUCUUCAAAUAUGAUUACACAGAUGAUAAUACAGCCAAACUAUUCGCAGUAAACGACACAGAUAUAUGGGACUUAUACAUAAAUGAUGUGUUGUACUAUAUUGAGUAUCCUUCGCAAUUUCUGUACACAGUGAAGAAUGGUCAAACAGAACGUUUUAAAGAUCUAGAAGAGAUCAAAGUAGGACAUUUCGCUAUUGAUGACGAAGAAGAUAUGUUUUACUCUAAUGUAACCGGUCUGUACAGUCAGAAAAAAAAUACAAAAGACUCAGUUCAUUACAAAGAUCUUAAUGAUGGGGACGAUAUUGUAGGAAUAAGGACUGAUGUGAAUGGAAAGGUUUAUAUUUGUGGUACUGAUGGAAUAUAUAAGGUUAAUAAAGAUACAACCUCUGUGGAGAAAGUGGUUAACGCGGAAAAUGUGUUUGGAUGUGCUUUCGACGGUAACAAUAAUAUUGUUUAUGCUGACACUACAUCGUUGAUUCAUCUCAAACCUAGCAAUAAUAAAAAUUGUUAA